AUGUCUGGGGGCUCAGAGAGUGAUGACUCUGUAAUAGCUAAUGGGAGGGUUUACAUUCCUGAAGUAAGAAAUGAGGAAACACCAGCAGUUGGGAUGAAGUUCGACUCGCUUGACCUCGUUUAUAAUUUCUAUAAUAGAUAUGCAUUCUUGGCUGGCUUUGGUAUUCGACUUCAUUCCAGCUUUUGGGGGAAAAAUAAGAAAGAGAUUCUGAGAAAAGAAUUUGUAUGUUGCAAACAAGGUGCAUACCGGAAUGAUGAAACUCGGGAGAGAAAAAGACAGCGGGGAAUAAGUAGAUGCAAUUGCAAAGCUAAGAUUGUGGUUGUGAAGACACAUGGGAGCAAGAAGUAUACCAUCUCUCUUUUGCAGAGGGACACAAUCAUAAGAUGA